AUGCGUAUCUAUGCAGAUGUACUCUAUCAUAGACAUAAAAAAGUAAUUUUGGGAAGAUAUAAACAUACUGUAGUUCGUAUUCCUGUGUUAAUUCGAAUCGGUGAAUUUGCAUCAUGGCUGCAAUACAAUCCAACAAAGACAUUAAUCCAUUAUAUUGGUGAACACACGUGGUUUUCAAAGAGAUAUUGUCAAAAUGGUUGUGGAAGUGUACUGAAAGAGUUGAUCUAUCGUGGUCAUGCUUUGAUUCUUCUCGAUGGACUUGAUGAAAUUCCUGAAGUCAGAAGAAGAGAAGAAAUUGUUCGAUUGAUUGAAGAAUUUAUUCGUGAAUAUGUCAAAGAUCCCAAUUCUAUCUCGGCAUUCGAUGAGAAAUUAUUUGAUAACUUUCGGCCUCGUACUCAUGUUGUUGAAACCCAACCACCAAGUAAAUCUGUUGGCAAUCAAAUAAUUAUUACAAGUCGUAUUGUUGGAUAUGAUAUGAAUUCACUUAUUGGUACUUUCAUUACACAUUGUUUAUUGCCACUCAUGAAGCAAGACCAAGUAAAUGAAUUUGCAGAGAAAUGGAUGUCACAAGUUGAACAAGUUGUACAUAAAGUAUUGUCCAGUGUAGAAAAUAAUAUUGGCAAACAAAUAAUAGAACGUUUAUCGCAGAGACGAAUUGAAGCUGUGAAAUCGAUCUUUGAAAAUGGCGAAAAAUGUUUAUUGUUCAAUCCUUCGUUGUUAACUUUAAUUUGCGCAAGUACAUAUCAAUCACUAAAUGAAUUUCGUCCUAAAUCUCGAAUCGAAAUUUUACAUCAUGUUGUCGAAUCAGCAUUGCGUUUUUGGACCAAGCAGGAACCAAGCAUAUCCAAACAAUUAUUGAGAGAAUUUCUGAUUAAUCUUUCCUCUUAUCUUCAAUUAAAAUCACCAUCUGGUCUCAUUGAUACAUUUGAUAUAACACGUGUGGCACAUUUAACUCUAAAGCAACGAAUUGUGACUAUUACUGGUGCAGAGCUUCGCCAGUAUACUAAGAAAUUGUUAAAAACUCUUGAAUCGAACGCAGGUAUUGUGGCUGAACGUGGUUUGAACGUAUUUGCUUUUCAACAUUUAUCAUUUCAAGAAUAUUUUGUUGCACAAUCUCUUGUCAAAUGUGAUUUUAGUGAUCAAAAGAUUACAAAAUAUUAUGAGAUCGAGAAAACUGCAAACCGUAUUCUUUCAUUUACAAUCAAUCCUUGUUUUCGUGAACCACUUCUUAUGGCUUUGGGUUGGAUCAGUUGUAAAUGGCCAUUCGAUUAUUUUGAUCGAUUCUGCACUGUACUUAUUAGAUCAAAUGAGAAUUAUUCAAUUCCACUUGGAGCGCUUCUUCUCUUUGAUGCUCUCAAUGAUAUGCAAAGUUUACCUUCUGAAUCAGUCAUUUUUACUGCACUCAGUUGUUUAUUAGAUCAUCCUUCAAAUAUGAUCGCAGAGAGAUACUUAAUACCAAAUUUAUUCAAAUUGUCUGAAGAUAUUAUACGAAAAUGGAUGUCAAGUCAGUUCAAAGAUGAUAAAUCUCUUUCAAAAUUUUGUCAAUGUUUAUUGAUGCAAUACGACUAUCGUUUCAAAUCACGAUUACCUGGUGGGAAAUAUCGAACAUCAAAAUUUUCUGUUAUCUCUAAACAACUGGAUUCAUUCUAUAAUGAAGGCACGUCAGCUAAGUUUGUUGCCGAUCAAACUUUGCGAACAAUAAUGAUGUUAGAAGGAGCAUCUUAUAAUAUUUUUUUCAAUCCAUGGGCUUCGUAUUUUAAGCAAAAGAAAAUUGAUGUAUCUACUAUUCAUCCUUUGAUACUUCCUAUCCUUAUUGUGGUGUGUGGUGGAGUAAUUUGGGAACCAGACUAUGGGUCGAUUAAAAUUUAUUGGUCACAUAGACGAAUGUAUCAUGAAACAUCAAUCACGGAACCUAUUAUAGAAUAUCUAACGAAUCAAAAACAAUCUCAUUCAAUUAAAGUUCAAACACUCAUCGAACAAUAUGAGACAGUUAUUAAGAAAGCUUCACCAUCUGAUACUUCAAAUGAUAUUGUCGAUACUUUUGUUGCACUUAUCUGUUUACACGGAGAUUCGAAUCAGUUCAUUAUUCGAAAGUAUCCGAAAUACCGAGCUUUAUCAAUGGCAUUUGAGAAAAUAAAACAAGCAUACUUUUUUAUUACAAGAAUGUUUUAUGAGCGAUAUUAUGACGAGCGUAGGUGGGUAGAAACCUUAUUUCGAAAUACAGUUGGAUUAUUCAUAGAGAUGUUCUAUUCACAUUCUCAUCAAGACAAUCAACAACAUUCAGACUACUCAACAAUAUAUAAUGUUGCACUGAAAAAACUGUUCAUUCAAUGGUCAGUAGAAUCAUUUUCCUCGGAGAGCUCUGAUGGAGACAAUGAUGAUCACUUAGAAUUUCAACCAAACUUCAGUCAUUUACAUGAACAGAGAAAACUAAAUUUAAUCGAAGAGAAUCUUCAACCAAUGCAAGAAGAUUUUCAAUACGAUCUAUCCCCCCAAUGGACCUUUGUCCCACUAUUUUUGAAAAAAUUCUAUCAUUGUCUAUUUAUUAAUCCAAAUGAUAAAACUGAUUCAUUACCAUUCGUUGUAUUCUUAGCACAAUAUUUAACAUAUUUAGAAAAUGUCAGUAAAACUCAUCCGAACUUCGCUUUUGUUUUAACAAAUAUAAAAUCAAUAUGCGAAGAACAUAUGUUGGAAAAUUAUCUUUCAGUUCUUCUUUUCAAAAUUAACUCAAAGAAUGAGAACAAAGAAGAUCCAUCAAAAGAAUCUCCUAAACCAACAGACGAGGUUACGUUACUCGAAUCAAACUAUAUUAAUUUGUGUAACAAUUGGGAAAAACUAAUUGAUAUGGAAUGUCAACGUAUUUCAGAUGUAAAUAACAUCAAACAAAAUGAAAACAAAGAUUGUCGAUUAUUUGCUGCAUCAAUUUGUCUCGCUCGACUUUCUCAAGUUCAAUAUUACUCUCCUUCAUAUGAUUCUACAACAAGUAACACUCAUUUUUCUUCUCUAGGCGAAAAAGUAUCCAAUGCAAUCAGAAAUAUAUGUGAUCCAAUCUUACAAAUCAUUGCUUUGGAUAUGAUAUUAGAGAUGAAAGAUCCAUUUAUCUUUGAUGAAAAACAAAGAAACGAAUUAGAUUUGAGAAUGACGCCUCUACUGAAAGAUUUUCUACCAUUUCUUCCAUUAUUAACAUUAACUUUUAUGGUUGUUCGGUUUCACACACAACAAAAAGAUUUUCCAAUUUCUUUAAUGAUUAAGAUGAUUGGUAAGAGAUUGAGAGAAACUCUAAUCGAUAGAGAUAGUCCCAGUAGAGAAGCAGUGUUAAUUGUACUGAAAGAACUUGGACAUUCAGAUGAUUUACCAAAAUCCUUUGAUCCUACUGAAUGGAAUUUAUCUUUACUCUUUCGAUGUUUUACUAAUGGAACAUCAUUUGGUUCAUUGAAUACUACUUUUCUAUCAUUGAUAUAUAUGACAGAAUUGGCAUUUGAUACUCAUCUUUUACAAAUGUAUAUAGAUGGUGAUUAUAAGGAUAAAAUUUUCUAUUUGGAAAGAUUAAUAUCGCAAGGGAAUGACUCGUCAAACAAUGACAAGAUAAUGACAUAUGAAGCAGCAAAAUGGAUUACAAACUAUUUGCAGAAACCACAGAACAAAGAUGUUCUUCAUGAAGUUAUUACAAUCAUGUUCGAAUGCCUGACAGUUGAAGAGAAAGCUCUGGCAGUAAUUGAGCAAUGGAUCGUAUAUCGAAAUGAAAAAAAUUUAAGAAUAUUUGCACAGUAUGCUGCCUUACAACUAUUUAUUGAACGUUCAAAUCUUUCUCAUUUAAUCGAUAUCAUCAACGAGAUAUUUAGCAAUGACGAUGGACUUCAUUUUAAUUCUCUCAUAGAACACAUUGUCAAUUCAAGAGUUGAUGAUUAUACUAUUCUUCGUCAAAUCUUAACUAGAUGUCAGACAAAUCUGUGUUAUUCUUCUCAUAUUUCAAUUUGGCUUAGUAAUGAAAAAAUUUUCGAUUCGAUUUUGAAUUUAGAACUUGAACGAGUUACUCAAAAUGAAGAUAAACCUUCUCGACUCCCAUUAAAGUCACUUUUAUUCAUCAUCAAUGGGUGUUCAUAUGAUUUACAAGUUAAACUUAAACAACAUCUACAGACAUUUAUUGAACAGAUAGGUGAGAAGGACAAUAUUGUAGAAGAACAAUAUGUUGCUAAUGUUAUCAAAUGGAUUAUCGAGAUCUAUGGUAAUUAUCUUCGUAAGUUACAAAAUUUUCAAAUAAGUUAUCAUGUCUCCAAUAAGAUCCAGCAAACACUCACUGAACUUUUCAAUCAAUCAUCGACAAAGAUGAUAUCUAUUCGAGCUUGUUUGUGUUUAAUUAUUGCUGAACAAUCCUCUGUAGGAUUCAAUACAAUACAAGACUGGUUCAAAGAAAAGCGGAAAUUAACAGUUGAAAAUGAAUACGACAUAUUCCUACAACAAACUUAUCAAGAAGCUCAGUAG